AUGUAUACCGAAACGCACGAAAACACCGUAAGUAGGAUGUUUGCAUAUUGGGACUGUGGUGAAGCGGUAUGUCAGUAUAUACAUUGUGGAGCAAGGUUGUGGUAUGCAGAGCGCACAAUUAAAACAUAUUCACCCAGAAACCCGAAGUUCUCACUCUGUUGUGGAGACGGAAAGGUGCAGCUGCCUUUUCUCCAAGCUGCUCCAGGGUUAUUAACAACAUUGAUGGAUUAUAAUGGCGGGGAUCGUUCGCAGGUGUUUAGAAAACAUAUGAAGCUUUUAUCUUCGAUGUUUUCUUUCACAUCCACUGGUGGAAAAGUAUGCACUGAUAUAAAUGAUGGUGGUGGCCCUUACACCUUUCGUUUGAACGGGCAUAACCACCACAGAAUGGGAACCUUAUUGCCAACUCAUGAGGAUGGUCGUCCUAGAUUUUCCCAACUUUACAUAUAUGACACCGAAAAUGAAGUGGAAAAUCGUUUUUAUGCACUAAACAAGAGGCUGACUUCGAGUCGUGAAGAUGUCAUUCUUCGAUCAUUGGUUCAAGAUUUGAUAUCUAUGCUAGACCAACAUAACUGGCUGGUACAGGCAUUCAGAAUGGCAAGAGAAAGGUUCAGUACUUCACCAAUUCAUCCUGUUACUCUUCGCCUAAUAGGCACACGACAAAGAGACGGACGCCAGUACAACUUACCAACUGCUUCUGAGGUGGCUGCAUUGAUACCAGGAGAUGGUAACCCUACUGAUUACAGGGAUGUAAAUGUCAAAGAGCGAGGUGGUGAUCCAGGUCAUAAUACAGUUAAACGUAUUUCUGAGUUGCACCCGAGUUUUAUGGCUUUGCAGUAUCCAUUGCUUUUCCCAUAUGGCGAAGAUGGUUUUCAUUUGAACAUACCUCUCAAUGUGCUUGAAAAUGCUCGGAGGAAAAACUUAAGUAUGAGGGAAUACUAUUGCUUUCGUUUGCACCAUAGACGCCAUGAACGGAGUACACUGCAUUCAGCAGGUCGCCUUUUCCAUACAUUUGUGGUUGAUGCAUAUUCUGCUGUACUCGAACAUGAUCUUGAUUGGUAUAAGAGAAAUCAAGAUACCAUCAGAUCUGAACUAUACAGCGGUUUGGAAGAUCGCAUUACUAAUGGAGACACAGAUUUACAUGCAAUCGGUCGGAAAGUUAUCUUACCUUCAUCAUUCACAGGUGGACCUAGACAUAUGCUGCAACAAUAUCAAGAUGCCAUGGCAGUAUGUCGUUGGGCUGGAACUCCAGAUCUAUUUGUAACAAUGACAUGUAACCCGCGAUGGCCUGAGAUACAACGCGAGAUUGAUGCUGCCAUACCGGGACAACCACCAUGUGAUAGACCAGACCUCAUUGCACGUGUUUUUAAAAUCAAAUUGGACGAGCUAAUGACAAACAUAAGGAAGAAGAAUCAUUUUGGACAAGUAAAGGCUGUUAUCUAUACAAUUGAAUUUCAAAAACGUGGAUUGCCCCAUUGUCAUGCUAUCGUUUUUUUGCACGAUCACGACAAGCUUUUUAGUCCUGCUGAGAUUGAUCAUGUCAUAUCUGCAGAAUUGCCUUCUGAAGAACAUGAUCCAAUUGCAUUUGAAGCUGUUCGUAGUCAUAUGAUGCAUGGUCCAUGUGGAGAGCAUAAUCGUUCAAACUCUUGUAUGUCCGGUGGAAACUGUACAAAGGGCUACCCAAAAGAGUACUGUGAGGAGACGUUUGUUAGACGUGAUGGGUGGCCACGGUAUAAACGACCUGCUAAUGGUAGAAAAGCAACAGUUGGCCGGAAGAAUAUUCCUCUUGAUAAUCGCUUUGUUGUCCCCCAUAACGUUGAUUUGCUUGUGAAAUAUGAUUGUCAUAUAAAUGCCGAGUGGUGCAACCAGGGGUCAUUGGUAAAGUACCUCUUUAAUUAUCUUAACAAAGGUCCAGAUCGUGCAACAGUGGUUAUUGAAGGUCAGAAUACUAGAAUGUCCUUUAGGGAGAUGUUAAGCAACGAGAACGAGAUUGAAGGUUACCUCAAUUGGCGUUACAUUUCAGCUUCUGAAGCAUGUUGGAAACUAUUUGGGUUUGAAAUGCAUUAUCAUUCCAUCGCUGUUUAA